UACUCAUUUUUAUCUUACAGUUAUGAUCAUGUAUUGCCGUCGGCUAACUGUAGAGUUCAUGCACUACGUUAUAGCAGCAAAGGCACUCAGGAAAGUUUUUAUUUCAAUCAAGGGAUACUACUAUCAAGCUGAUAUCAUGGGACAGACUGUUACAUGGAUUGUACCACAUCCUUUCAGACCUGAGAACACUACAGAAGUUGACUUCAACAUAAUGAAACUGUUCACAGAAUUUUACAUCUGUAUGUUGGGUUUUGUCAAUUACAGACUUUACCAGAGUUUGAACUUGUUUUAUCCACCCAAGUUAGCUGCAGAGGAAGAAAAAGAAACUCAAGAGACUGAGGCUGAAGAUCGUGGUGAAAAUGAGCUCGAGAAGGUUCUUAUCAGUGAGCGGAUUGCCUGUUUGAACUUGAAUUUACGGAAGAACAAAGAGGAGGAAGAUGAAGGAGAGACCUUGGACAUGCAUCUAUUGGAAGAAAGUGUGCAGAAUGUGAAAAUGGCAAUGGAUGAAGAGGAAAAGCUAAACAAAUUCAAGAAUCUUUUCAAGAAUAUGAAAUUCUUUUUGGGGAGGGAAACUAACAUGGAGUCACUCACCUUUGUUAUCAAAUCUUUUGGUGGACAGGUGUCAUGGGACGAAGCUGUUGUGAAGGUUUCUAUGUACCCAGAAUCAGAUGAAACCAUCACACAUCAGAUUACUGAUCGUCCAAAUGUGGAGAGAAAAUAUCUCUCAAGGUAUUAUGUGCAACCUCAGUGGAUUUACGACUGUAUCAAUGAUCGGAUGUUCUUGCCAGUUCAAGAUUAUUUCCCCAGGAGUAACCUUCCUCCUCAAAUGUCACCAUUUGACAUUGUUACUGAUCUUUAUGUUCCUCCCGAGAAGGGAAAAGCUGAAGCAAUGAAAAGAGGUGAUAUUCCAGUUCAUGCAUUCCCCUCAAGCAUGAACAGCAGUGAUGAGGAGUCAGAUCAUGAAAUAGUAGAUGCGGUGAUGAGGAAGCUGAAGUGGAUGUGCCAGAAGAAGAGGGAGCCUGGAAAUGCAGAAGAAGAGAAAGAACCAGGUGAGGACAGUGAUAAGAAUGAAAGUUAUCAUUAA